AAGCGCCUCACCUCUAUGACGUCAUCGUUUCACAUCGGCCCAUCGGAAAAAAAUUGUUACCGAAAGUAGAAUUUUCGUCACAUGAUUACGCGGAAGCGCACAUCGAGCGAUCUAAACAGCCAAGAUGGCAUCGCACCCCGGAGGAGGCGAUCAAGGCAAUAACAAAGACCAGAUCCUGGAACUAGGAACUGUUUUGCUGAAGGAUUUCAUCUUCGAGCGGGUUAAGCGGCAUGGAGACAGCACCGAGACUGUGACCAGGACGCAGCUGGGUGGAGUGGAGCUGAGCGACCCGAACCACAAGAAGCUGGCCAUGUGCCUGCAGCAGAUCGGAGACGAGUUGGACGGAAACGUAGAGCUUCAAAGAAUGAUGAACGACUCUUCGCUCGGUCCCACAAAAGAUGUGUUUUUGAAAGUUGCCUUCGAGAUCUUUUCGGAUGGAAAAUUCAACUGGGGCCGGGUGGUCGCACUGUUCUACUUUGCCUGUCGACUCGUCAUCAAAGCUCUUGUGACCAAAGUUCCUGACAUAAUCCGAACGAUAAUCAGCUGGACCAUGGACUACCUCCGCGAACAUGUGAUCAACUGGAUCAGGGAGCAAGGUGGCUGGGAGGGCAUUCGCUCCCACCUCGGCACACCCACAUGGCAGACGGUGGGAGUUUUCUUGGCCGGGGUCCUCACUACCGUUUUAGUCAUUCGCAAGAUGUGAGGAAUUUGGGAUGAGCAGACAUGUGAAUGAUUGGGAAGAGGUACGACCUGAAGUUUAUGGGGACAUGAUCAAGUACAUCCGAACGGGAGCAGGAAGAAGUAAUGGCAGAGUGAGCGAGUCUUACAGAAAGAG